AAACAGAAUUCUGUCCGAAGUUUUGCCCACAUCCACGAAUCGGCAAUAAUUUCAUGUUUACACUGCCAAAAGAAUUCUCUCGGAUUUUAGAGAGUUGGACGGAUUGUUAACAAAAAUAUGGCUGAUCUGACACCAAACAAUGCUGAGCUAUCAGAGAAUAUUUUUGAUAUUAUUAAAAAUAUGGCUUUAGCUCAUGAAAUGGUCAUAUCAGACAACUUUAAAUUCAAUCAUAUUUCAGAGCAGCCUGAAGCUGCAAACAGUCUUGAAAAAACUGUUCAUGAUAUUGUACAUGCUGCAUUCUGGGAUAUCUUACAGAGUGAAGUUUUAAGCGAACCUCCAAAGUAUGAGAAAGCAUUUAUGUUGCUUAUGGAAAUGAAACAGAUGAUUUUAGAGUUAGUACCGUCUAAACAGAGUUCAUUGCUUCAAGAAAUACAAGAAACCCUGGAUCAAGAGUUGAUAUUUCAGCAAAUUGCAAACAACGCAUUUGAUAUAGUUAGUCUUGGGAAUUUUGUUUUAGAAACUUUAUCUAAAUUGUGUGCCCCUGUUCGAGAUGAUGAUAUUAAAAAACUUAGAAACACACAGGAAAUUAUUCCAUUAUUACGAGGUAUACUAGAACUUCUUAACUUGAUGAAAAUAGAUCUUGCCAAUUAUCAGCUUAAAGCGUUAAAACCAGUUCUUAUACAGGAAGCAGUUAGUUAUGAACGAGAAAAGUUUGAAGAGUAUAUGAAAGUAAAUCCAGAAGGACUAACAAUGACAAAACUGUGGUUAUUAGAAACUUUACAAAACCUUGCAAAGAAAGUAAAUGUUCAAGAACUAGAUUGUGAAAUGGUAACCAUAAAUGCGUUUCUUUCACUUAUGGAGUUUAAGGAAGAAAUGAUAUACCCUGAGACUUUACUAUUAGACGAGUGUCGUCUGCAGGCGCUUGCUGAUUCAUUUGAUAAAUUAUCAUUUAUUUCUGCGAUAAUGACCUUAUAUGUAAACUUUAUAGGUGCUGGUGAAGAUUUAAAACUUCUUGAUAAAAUUAAAGAAGAAAUUUUGAUUAUAUUUGGAAAUAAUGAAAGAACCACUUCUCUGUUGGAAAAUGUUUAUCAUCACCUUAUUUUUUCACUUGAUAAACUUAGGACUGAUAGAGGUCUUCAGCCAAAGGGAGACACGAGUAUAUUACUUGGCCAAAUAAAAAAUUUAGCAAAUAAAGACGACUCAUUUCGGAAACUGAUAAUAUCUCGUUUCCGUGAUUUCGUUUUAUUAACAUUUUCGGGAAAUGUUAUACCUUCAAUCAGUGGUUGUUUACAUUGGGUGCAAACUGAAUUGAAAAUGACAACAGAAAGUUUUGUACGAAUUUGUAAACACAAUAAAAAUGUUCACCAGGAGCGAUAUAAUAAAGUUAUUGACAUAGCUUUAAACGAUUUACGACGGUCGUCAGUAAUGUAAUUAAACAAUUUAUGACGGCCCUCUAAUAUAAUUCUUAAUUUUUUCGUGGGUGAUUGUAAAGUUUCCUUAUCAUUUUCGAGUUUCUUUGUUAUACCAAGUCUACUUAUCUUUCAAUAUUUUUUUUAAAACUGUUUAAAAGUGUAAAUAGGAAAGUAUUUAUUUGAAAUAUUGUUCAUAGUUUUAUCUCGUCGAUUAAAAUACAUAUUUUACAUAGUUUUUGAGCUUUCUACUUGAAAAUUAAAAAAAAAAAGUAAAAAUUCAAAAGCAAUUUCAAAUUAUCAUUAAAAAAUGUCUGUUUUUAAAGAACUUUUUUUAUCAACCUCAGGAAUCAUGUCAGUUUGAUAUGUCCUUCUUUCUUUUUUGCUAUUUUUUUUUUAGAUAAAACUUUCUCAUCAGUUUUGAGAAUCACCUAAUUUUAUUCGUAUAUUUAUAGAAUUAUUACUAUCAUUUAUAAUUUAUUAAAGUAUCUUAUAUACAGUUUAAUAAAUUUUUUAUUUUUUAUUAAUACUAAAAGUUAUGCAUAUUGAAAUAUAAUUUGCUUAAUAUUAAAUAUUGAAAUAGAAAUAGAAUAAACUUUGUUGUAAA